UGACAGGAGCGGAGGCGGGAGGCAAGCGACGCCUCGGUAAGCUGGACGCUUCUCACCAGUCUCAUCACCUCCUCCACACUACAAGUUUACCCUGGUGUAUCUUAGAUAGUGACGCAUCCCUCUCGAAAAUAUACCAUUUGGAAUACAUUCCCAGGAGCACGGUACUAUUAACCAUCAAGGUUAGCCUAUCAAGGCUGAUGAAGUUAUACAUUAUAUGAGGUUUCUGCGAUCACUCCUUCUCAAGGUCAUCCCACUGGAACAUGCAAAUCUUCAGCAGUUUAUAUGUGUCAUAACAUGACGGUCUGCUUAACAACCCUCACAAAUUACGGAAAACCUUAGGAGUGUGAAGUUGUAGUGGCUGCAAUUGACUAUGCCUGCGGACAAUUGUGUAGUGAGUAUAUUAGGGUGUGCGCGUGCUGGCCCGCACACUGGGAAUGCAAGGUCAAUGCCAGGCUGCAGCCCACCUUCUCUCACCAUAUAAUCCAGGAAAUAUAAAUAUAUGCGGCAAUUAUCCUGUAGAAAACAAAUAAUGCAAGCUUUAACAUAAUGCACGGAUCUAAUACAAUACAUGUGUCAUGUAUCAUCUCUAUUGUAUAAUUUGUAUAGAAUGCUGAGAGUAUAAUGCAGUUAUAUCCAGAUACAUGCGAAGGAUAUGCAAUUUUUCAGUAAAUGCCGUUUGUCAGAGUGUAGAAAGCAUGGGGCGGCCAGUAGUGUGGUGUGGGCGGGUGUGUGUGGUGGGAGUGGUGGGCGUGGUAGUGGUGGUGGGAAUGUGGAGGAACCUACUAGCCACCCACACCCAUUACACUCCCCAACCCCUCAGUGUCCAUCACCUCUAUCCAUCCAGCAUUCCCCUCUUAGAUCUACCGGGAUUUACAUAUAUAAUUAACAAUGAUGUAUGUGACGGUGAUGUCUUUAUCACUGUAAUAAUCCACACUCAUCCAGCUAAUCGUUUAGAACGGGACGUGAUGCGGCAACAUGUCCCUGCCGAGGACUUGAGAGACCUGGGUAUGCGUCGAGUAUUUCUGCUAGCUCGGGCAGAGUGGCAGGACCAGGAGCUUUACCACAAGACCCCACAGUGGAGUAUAGAUGAAGAAAACAUGAAGUAUCAUGAUAUAAUUCAAGGCAACUUUAAGGAACAUUACCACAACCUCACCUACAAGCACAUCAUGGGGCUACAGUGGGUCACAAAUUAUUGCCCACAGUCUAAAUUCAUUAUCAAAAUGGACGAUGACAUAGCCGUUGACUUGUACCAGUUCCGUGAUAAACUAAAAUCUAGAUACUGGGACAGAAAGAAUCUCAUACUUGGACUGCUGCAAGUUGAGGCGAAACCGGUCAGAAAUAAAGAUAGUAAGUGGUAUGUGAGCGAAAAGGAAUAUCCGGAGAAGUACUAUGCCCCGUUCGUAUCCGGCUGGGCCUACGCCAUGACUAUCGAUGCUGCUACAGCCAUCGUGUCAGAGUCCUUCAAGUGGCCAUACUUCUGGAUCGAUGAUGUUCACGUCACUGGAACACUUGCUGGAAUGGUGGGAGUCAAGCAUGAAGCGCUCAACCGCUUCUACACUCUCCACGUUGAUCACCUACACUGCUGUGUAGAAUUGCCAAAUAACGCUGAUCAUUUUUGUGAUUUCUUGGCUGGUCCAUCGGAGGGUGAUCCAGAUGUCCUGGCCCGAGUGUGGGAUCAUGCAAGGUCGUGCUAUGUGCAUCCCUGUCAGAGGCGCCGUCCGGAGUCUAGUGUGAGCAAGACCUGUGUACGGACUAGGCUACCUCCUCUCUCACCAUUGGGUAAAGGCCAAGGUGAAAUUGUUAAAGUUUAUGGGCCUUUUUUAUAAGGAAACCUCACGGCGAGUUGUAAUGGAAUACAAACUAUGCUUAAUUGUUAAAUAUAUGAUUAAUAUUUAAAAACAUUUUAAACGACUUUUUUUUACUUCUAAAAAGUUUUAAAUUUUUUUAUAUGAUCAGGAUGAGAUAUAAUUCAUCAACCUACUGGUUGAUGCUGUAAUUAUAUCUCUUAUUAUUGCAUAUAAUGAAUAUUUAGUAAUUAAAACGCUAUUUCCAGUAUACACUACUCAUGUGCCUUCUAAAUAAAGAUUACAUUAAUGAAACACAACAAUAUUAAUUCAGAUACAGCGUUGAAAUAUGUACACUGCUCAAUAUAUUAUUUUGAAAACGUGUAUUUGUACGUUGUAAGAGGUCAUUGUACAUGUAUAUUAUAUUUGUAUAAUAUAAUUAUAUUUGCUAAGAUAAUAAGGGUCCUAUUACAAUGACAUUAACAUCAAGAGUUCAACCCAUCCACCUCUUGAAAGAAUAUCAAUAGCAAGAAGUAGAUCUAUUUUCAAAACAUUCCCUUCUGCGCAUUGGUAGACAGUGAAAUCAGACAUCUAGCCUAGUGAAAUGAUGAUGUAAGAUAAAAAAAAAUAUUUUUCCGUUCUUUAUCUUGCCAGAAUGACUAUUUGAUGUACAUGUGCCUAUAUUAUAUAUAUAUGAACUGUUAUACAGGAGAAGUGCUUGCAAGUCAGUACCUAGACUACCAUUAUUAAUGUAAAUACCACCUCUGUGGUCAUUAUAAGUGGAUGUAUUGCCUAGCAGGCAAUAAAUAAUAUUGACUACAUGCAAUAUUCCUAUAUUUACUGUUAAUGUUUUUGAUACACAAUGUUCUCAAUGGUGCCACAGAGUAAGGCACACUUUCAAAACAUGUUCAACCAUUUCUUUCAAUAACCCAACGUCUAGUCUGUUGUUAAUACAUGGUUAAAUAUAUAAUUAAAGAUUUAAAUUUA